AAACGAAGAAGAAGAAGAAGAAGAAGAGCGAAGAGCAUAGCAGUGUAAUGCGCAAAAACCUUUUUUUUAGUGAGACUCCUCCAAAAACCGGUUACUAACUGCAGCCAGCUACUAAAAAAAGGUUGCCACCACCAACCAAAAGACAACAAAAACAAAAAUAAACAAAAAAAAUCGAAGAAAACCGUUGCAAUUUUAUGCAGUGUUGGCCAAGAAGUGAAUUUUUAGUGAAAUUUUGAACUGUUAGUGAAGAAAAAAAAAACGGUAAAAUAAAGCCAAAUUGUAGAACACUGAAAAAAAAAACAUGGCCUUCUCCAUUGUGAGCCGCAAUAUUUUGCGCACUUCGAGAGAAAUUCUGGAACGCAACAUGGCCGCAACUGUAGGCGCUCUCCAUCAGCCCGCCUCCCCGCCCUCCCACAACAACCAACACCAACACCAUAACGACUGCCAUCGACUUCAGUUAAAUGGUCUGGGACUAAUUUGCAUAAAUGGCGUUCACAAGCUGUUGUGGCAUCAAAUGCCCACCGCGACUGUCUCCACCGUCCGCCACUAUUCGAAGAAAGCCGGAGCGGCCAAGUUGAGGCGUGAGGUGGAAAGCGAUUCCGAUUCCGAUUCGGAUGAUGAAUUUGAGCGUCGUCGCCAAAAGCUCAGCUCUAAGAGAAGUGAACGGGGCGACUCUGCUUUCUGGCGUCGUAAGAUGCGCACUUUACACCGCAUCCUGGAUGUGAAUCACGAUGGUGUCGUCUCGUACGAUGACUUUAAUUUGCUGGCCAAACGCUUUAAUGAUCUGGGCCAUCUGACCCCGGAGGUCGCCGCCGAGUUCAACGAUGUCAUCAAGCAGACAUGGGAAGAACAGUUUGGAGAGAUCACCCCCUACAAUCUGGUAACUGCCGAGCAGUUCCUAACCGAUCUUCACCAUCGUCUCAAUGAUAAGAAAAUGGCUAAGCGUAUCGGUCGCUUCCUACCCUAUCUGUUUAAGGCUGUGGACUUUGAUCACACUGGCCACCUGGAUCUCGAACAAUAUAAGCUCUUCUUCCGCUGUCUGGGACUGACUGAAGACGAUGCUGCCGUUUCCUUCGCUGUGAUAGACAAGAACGGCGAUGGCCAAUUGUCGCUCAAGGAGUUUGUACAUUUGGGCCGUCAGUUCUUUUUGACCGAAGACGAUACUAAGAUAUCGAAAAUGUUCUGGGGUCCGUUGGUAAAUGAUCAUUGACGGGAUGAAGUCACUGCUGUAGAUCACAAGUAUAAUAAUAAUAAUAAUAAUCAAACUACAAUCCACAAUCAUUCGUAUCCGUAUCCGUAUCCGUAUCAAUAUAAUCAAGUCCAAAAACGAUUAUCAGACCGAUGCAACACCAAUAAUAACAUCAGCAAUAAGCCAAUGCUAAAAACAACAUCAAGAAACUUUAAACAGAUAACGACUAACAGUAAUUCGUGGCCAAAUCGUGUGCAGGCGGCAUACGAUAGUUGGUCCAAUCUACAGCAUGUGGCGACGCAUAUAUCGGGAACGAAAACCAACAGCAUCAGACUCAGACCAACCACUAGCACUACCACCACCAUGAUCGUUGUCAGGAAUAUGAGCAUUUACGACUAUUUACGUCAACACUUUUCGGCCAAGCGCCAACGUUGCAUCUACGAAGCCCAUGAAACGCCCCGGAACUUCCCAUCGCCCAAGUUACGGAAACAUAACUAUAGUAGCUACCAAAAGGAGCGGGAGAGGGAGCGGGAGAAGCAGAAGGAGAGAGAUCAUGAACGCAAAUCCAAGGGGUCAGGAUCCAAUUCAUCCAUGGAGGAUUACGACAUAAGAUUCUUUUUCUAUCUUAAUUCGCUUAUAUUGUUUACGAUGUCCUGCAAACAGUACGAGGGCGAUGACCUCAAGAACUUCAUAUGCGAUCGAAUUCGAAAGUUCGAUCGAUUGCGCAGGAAGGCGCGAAAGCGUCGAAAGCGAAGGCAUAAGCAAGCAGAGCUGAGCGUUUCCUAGGUUCCUAAGCUGUCAACUAAAAUUUUUUAUGUUAAGCCUACACACACAUAUAUAUUAGUAUUUUUUUUUGGCUAUUUAAGAGUAACACUUAACUGAUAUAUAUACAUAUAACCGAAUGCAUUGUAAAACAGCUAAAACUGAUUUUAAAAUGUAGCACAUGAUAAUUAA